GCAGGGUUCGGCUGCAGCGUUAUGACGUCCCGGGUGACUCUGAGAAGCCACCAGGGAUGGUUGGAGGACGACCAGAUCCAGCUUGGCCUCUGACAAAGGAACGAUGAAGAAUUAUCCUUCAGAAGCAAAAAUUAGCUAAUUAUGACCUUAAACUUGUCUUAACCUUAGGCAGAAAUGGGCAAUGGAAUAAAUAAGGUUCUUCCAAACCUCUAUCUGGGCAACUUUAAAGAUGCACGAGACGCGGAGCUGCUGGCCCAGCACAACAUCACCCACAUCCUGUCCAUCCACGACGCAGCUGCGCCCAUCCUGGAGGGCAUGACGUAUCUUUGCAUAUCUGCAGCUGACAGUUCAAAGCAGAACCUGAUCCAGUUCUUCAGAGAGAGCUUCGUGUUCAUCCACGAGUCGCGGCUGAAAGGAGCGGGCUGCCUUGUUCACUGCGUGGCAGGGGCGUCCCGCAGCGUCACUCUGGUGGUGGCCUACAUCAUGACGGUGACGGGGCGUGGCUGGGUGGAGUCCCUGGCCGCCGUCAGGUCGGUGAGGCCGUGCGCCGGACCUAACCUGGGCUUCCUGAGGCAGCUGGAGGAGUUUGAAAACCUAGAGCUUGCACAAUAUCGAGCCUGGUGGAUGGAACGAUACGGGAAUAACCCAUUCAACGAUGAUGAGGAGGUUCAGAAUCUUUUAAGUAAAAAAUCGGUCCCAGACAGCAUCAAUCCUGUGCUGGAGACAAGUGGGUCAUGAAGAGAACAGUCCUGCGGAGAGUCGUCAGCUUGACUCACGUGCUUCAUUAAUGAUCAGGCACAAAAAAGACUGUAGCACUAACCUUCUGCAUUGGGGCACAACCCUCUACACCAGAGUAUGGCCCUCUAUACUAAGGCA